AUGAGACGUCUGAGGUCACCCCAAACCGUCCUCAUGAGACAUCUGAGGUCACCCCAAACUGCCCUGAUGAGACGUCUGAGGUCACCCCAAAACCGUCCUCAUGAGACGUCUGAGGUCACCCCAAACCGUCCUCAUGAGACAUCUGAGGUCUUCCCAAACCGUCCUCAUGAGUCUGAGGUCACCCCAAACCGUCCUCAUGAGGCGUCUGAGGUCACCCCAAACCGUCCUCAUGAGGCGUCUGAGGUCACCCCAAACCGUCCUCAUGAGACAUCUGAGGUCUUCCCAAACCGUCCUCAUGAGUCUGAGGUCACCCCAAACCGUCCUCAUGAGGCGUCUGAGGUCACCCCAAACCGUCCUCAUGAGGCGUCUGAGGUCACCCCAAACCGUCCUCAUGAGGCAUCUGAGGUCUUCCCAAACCGUCCUCAUGAGGCGUCUGAGGUCACCCCAAACCGUCCUCAUGAGACGUCUGAGGUCACCCCAAACCGUCCUCAUGAGUCUGAGGUCACCCCAAACCGUCCUCAUGAGUCUGAGGUCACCCGAAACCGUCUUCAUGAGUCUGAGGUCACCCCAAACCGUCCUCAUGAGGCGUCUGAGGUCACCCCAAACCGUCCUCAUGAGACGUCUGAGGUCACCCCAAACCGUCCUCAUGAGUCUGAGGUCACCCCAAACCGUCCUCAUGAGUCUGAGGUCACCCCAAACCGUCCUCAUGAGUCUGAGGUCACCCUAACAGUAGAUGACAUUUCAGCCCAGCAGCUGAUGUAACGGCUCCCUCUUCUGGUCAGG